AUCGCGAGAGUUGCUCUGAUGCGGUUCGGCAGCGGCGGCCUGAGGGUUCGGGUUACGCUGGAAUGCCAAACUACGACUUACUUAUCCGAAACAAGAAGUUGACCGACGUCGGCGCGCUGUUUCACAAACAUCGCGGCUCUGUCCGGUACUCAGCUGCGGUCUGAGGGAGACUCCCGACGUGUGGGGAUGAGACGAGGUCGAUUAUUUGGGCAUUUGCAGCUUUGGGCUUGUUGACUCUCUGUUGGCUCAGGAUGGCGCAGGGAGGCUCUCAGCUCGACUACCACAUCCUGCAGGACCUCAAGCAGCGAUUCCCAGAGAUCCCAGAGGGGGUGGUGUCCCAGUGCCUUCUGCAGAACAACAAUAAUCUGGAUCUCUGCUGCCACCUGCUGGCUCAGGAGAGCAACCGAUACCUGUAUGGAGAUUUCCAUCACAGUCCAGAGGAGGGGCGACUGGGCCGAAACCACAUGCUCCACAUCAGCCUGGGAUACCCGGGCUCAGAGGCCAACAAAUCCAACGGCGGAGCGCCAGGAGUCGGUCGCUCCCUCGUGCACAGCACCAGUGACAGUCACAUUGAACCCCAGCGGCCCAGUUACCCGGAGCCGCUGUCGGCACCCGCCACCAUCGCCCCCUCUCCCGGAUACAACCCCUUCUUUAUGAACGAUCAGAGCCGCUCGGCCAGCACCCCCACCCCCCCACCCACCAUGCAGGGCAUGUCUCCCACAUACUCCCCCAUCCAGCGCUACACUAUGAACCCUAUCACCGUCACUCUGUCGCAGAGCAUACCCAGCGUCCCCCAGGCUCUGCAGAUCCCCCCAGGGCACUAUGUCAACAGCUCCAACACCACCCUGUACAUCCGACCAUCACCCUCCCAGAGCCCCCAGCCAGCGCCCUGGUCCUCCUCGGGGGCGCCGGUCUAUCAGCAUCAACAGUCCCCCUACAGCACUCCUACGUAUGGCUCGCCUUACAGCUCCCCCCAGCAUCAGCCCCAGCAUCAGCCCCAGCAUCAGCCCCAGCAUCAGCCCCAGCAUCAGCCCCAGCACCAGCAAUACGUCUUCCUGCCCAUCAGCUCCCCGACCCUUCCCAGCAUGCCCUACCACCACCAGCAGCAACCGCAGCAGCAGCCGGCCGUCUACAGGCCCUACCACACAAAGAGCUCCCUUAUGAACCAGAUAGAAAUCACCCUGGAGGGUCCGCGGCCUCGCAGCAACUCGCCUGUGCACACUGCCCACCCCCAGGGGCCGCUCUACAUGGCCACCAGCCCGUCGCCCAGCUCCCCGUCCAGGGGCGUCACGAUGACCGGACCUCAGGGGCCGGCAGCAUUCCACCCGGGGAUGUACCUGCAGCACCAGGGCCCCGCCAGGCCUCGACCCGCCUCCUCCCCGCAGCCCGGCCAGUCAGCCUACACCUUCAAAAUCAAAGUGUCCCCAGGAGGCCAGGCUCAGAGGCCGCCCAGCUCGCCUCCCGUGGCUGAAGCGGAGUCUCUCCUCAACAUAGUGGACCAAGGGGAGCGUCACUCGGCCCCUGCGCCCAUCCUGCCCAUCUCUGCUCUGCCAGGAAAUGUCGCCAGUCAGUUCCAGCAAAUGCCCCGGCGUUCCAGCUCAGGCUCUGAUGACUAUGCCUACACACAAGCUCUCUUGCUCCACCAGCGGGCGAGGAUGGAGCGACUAAUGAAGGAGCUGCUGAUGGAGAAGCAGAAACUGGAGCAGCUGAAGGCCGAUGUCAACAACAUGGAAUACGACGCUCUGCAGAGACGCUUUCGACGAGUCAACUCCACCAGUCUUAUUCCCCGACCUGAAGAGAUGACCAGACUGCGGAGUCUGAACAGACAGCUGCAGAUUGAUAUCGACUGUACGCUGAAGGAGACGGAUCUGCUGCAGUCUCGAGGGAAGUUCGACCCCAAAGCCAUGAACAACUUCUACGACAACAUCCAGCCUGGUCCGGUGGUGCCGCCCAAAACCGGGAGGAAAGAAGGCGACCAGGUCUCCAAGCCGGCGCCGGCCCCCCAGAGGGACGAGGACUUCGAAGGAGCUCAAUGGAACUGUGAAAGCUGCACCUUCCUCAACCACCCUGCACUCAACCGAUGUGAACAGUGCGAGAUGCCACGCUACACCUAAACUCAGCACUGCGCUGUAUUGCCUUCCUGCCCCAUAGGAUACUAUAAACCCCCCUCCCCAACCCUUUACAGAAUCUGUCAAUCAAUAUAUAAGCCCCUCCUACCUGCUGAGGAAGAGCCACUACCCCUCUCUGCCAACCGCUCCCGUCCUCUACUCCUGAGCACUUUCUGUUUUUCUUUGGCGGAUGAUGAAUCUUUCUUCGGGACAGUUGGAUAAAAAGACGUUCGCGGCUUCGGGAAGGCCGAAGCGACGCGAGGAUUGGAGGAGGAGCUACGGUUAACCUAGUGAACAUUCCACGCAGAACAAGUGACUGCUCUGUUUACAUUGUGCCCAUUCCUGAACUCAAUAAAAACGGAGGCACUUCCUCUUUAAUCCAGGACCUGUAACUUCCCUCUCGAGACGGCGGAACAAUGAAACAAAUGGUAAAGGAGUUCUGACUAAUGCGAAAACGUAGACUGUACACUGUAUGUGGCUCUGUAUUAGAGCUUGUUUCACUGAAAGAACACUAAAGACACUUGCAUAUGAGUAUAGGCCUGGUACUUUUAUGCACAGUAUGCCACCCUGUAUUAUGUGGUCAGAAGAUGUUGAUUUCCUGUGCAAAUGCCUCAACUUGCUGUACUUAAUAAAGGAGCUGAUUCUAUGUGA